UUUAUAAAAUUGCAUUCAGUGAGCGGCUCGACAUCAGUGCGCUGUCGUUUAUUUAACUGUUUACUCUUCGUUUUGUGUUGAACUGAAAUCCUUGAACGUUUUCAAGUUAAAGACUUGGUUGCAAUCGUGUUUAACGAGAAAUGGAGUCUAUAACGGCAUUCUACAUUUUACUUGCCGUCACAUCAUCCUGGGCUGCAGUGAACUAUGAUGCUGACGUUAAGCUAUCAGUAUGUCCUCCACUUGGACUUGGAGUCAACUUUGAGGUUACAACGAUACAAACAAGGUCGCGAAUGUAUGGUUGCGCCAACUUGGAAAAAGAUGCGGUAGUAAGCACAACUCCACUAUUGAAUUUGUGGCUUGAACGUCCCGUGGAAACCAGCGUACAUGGGCAUUGUAAUGACAAGACUAAGAUGGACCACUUCAUAUUUGAGUGCAUGUCAAAAUACGAACACAGGGAAGGUGAAAAGGUUGUUGGAAAGAAAGGUUGGAAUUAUAUAAAACUAGCAGACCGUAAGCCAAACUUGAAUAAUAAAAAUGAAACCAUCAGAUCUCUGUUCUACCGAUGUGCCGUGUAUGAUGUGCAUGACUCCGCUGUUGAGGGGAUAAAAAUAAUUCGAAUGACAAUAAGCGAGGGAAGAACACAGGAUAAGAUAGAGAUUGACCAGUGUGAAAGUCUGUCGAAAACUAUGGGACACGAUAGAUUACCAUUCCUUCCCGAGGGAACACGACGAUGGCCUAAUGGAUCAAUAUAUAUAUAUAUGUUGGGAAGAUCUUACUUCAAUCAAGCCAACUCAAAGUAACAACGAAAUUAAAUCUAAUAAGAGGAUGGCACAGUUAUAACAAGUCGUCCAAUAAUUAAAAUCAUUUCAGCUACUACAACUACAGUCUACAAUAGUACCCACCUUCACAGAAGAUCACUUUUAUAUAUUAUUUUACUAUCUCAAUGAACUUAUGAUACAUUACAUUUAAAUAACUUUAAAAUUGUAUGUUUCUUUUUUUAAAUAAACGGAUUUUUAAACUUCAA